AUGAAGUACUUUAUAUUCUGGACGAUAUUGUUGCUUGCACCUUUUGCUGCGGCGGAUGAUUGGGAGGAUUUUACCAAUAAUCUUGCAACUGACUUGGCCCCCUUAAUAACGCUCUUUGGUGAACGACUCACGAAACAAUUUCUCUCCGAGUCGAUCAGCCUCUUAGACAACAUAAUCUUCGCCUUAUCACCACUUGGUGUUUUAACAGCAGUUGUUUCAGUCAUUCGAGUUUGCGGUAGCUCAUCCCUCAAAGCAUUCGUAGGGAGAGCACAAGAGGGCCCUGCCGAGGCUGAAAGCGAACUGUUACCAUGUGUGUCACAGUCAACAGCGGAGCUAUUCAAUGAUGGGGGCAUUUCAAGAGUCUUUGGCAGGCCCAGGAUUGUUGAGAUUGUCUCAUGGGACGGGGAGAACAAAGAUCCGAAGACAGGGAAAGGAUCGGUCGAAUUUGGAACACUUCGUGACGCGAUUAGGAAAGGAGCGUGGAGUGCUAAAGGAUCAGGUCUUGCCUCUGAAGAUUUGGAUGAUCUGACCCGUCUCCCAGAGCUCGAUAUACCAAACCUGUCUUUGAAUAAGGGGAUCAAGAGAAGGCAUCCGAGGUGGUUUAAAUGCGCUGCUAUCUUGGGCGCUAUCAUGCAGAUAGGGGUCAUUAUAUACGCUGCAAUCACUGUAUUUCUAUUUCCCGGAGAUUUUGAAAAGGACGACAAACCAGUGGCCAGUUACGCAUUCCCAUUCUAUGUUGUCGGAACGACCUUGCUCUUCGCAGGCAUGCUCUUUUGCGCGAUCAUUAUCGAACGCUCUUCGAAACAAUAUUACAUCAAACCAAACAAGCCAAAUAAUAAGAUCUAUUGGCUGCAACCCGGGAAUCAGCACGUGGGUGAUCAGGUCUUCGGCGCAUUUAUGGCCGUCAGGCAAGGACCAGAAUCAUCAAUGAGCGAGGGGCUGGAAUAUAUCAAAUCUACCCGUUUCCCGAAAUACGAUGGCAGAUAUGUUGAACUCUAUACAGUCUUAGGUUCGACAAUGCUUGGCUUCAUCAUUCAAUUUGUUGGCCUAAGAGGACUUCAUGCAUCCGUCAUUCUAGCCCAGCUGGGCUCGACUUUCAUCAUGUCGAUUCUGCGCACUUGUCUAAGGACUCAGAGAAUGGCACCUGAAGAGAACCUUCUUAAAGACGAACGAGAUCUCGCUACACAGAGGAAACAAGAACUUGAUGCUUUUGCAUUUUACCUUCGUGGGGUCGCUUCGUUCGAACCCGCUUCAUCGACUAGUACUACACCCCGCAGUAAUUCUUCAGACAGCUAUGUGGCUCAUCCGGAGAAACCGCUGGUAAAAGAGAUCAUUGAAACUCGGGCUCUUCUAGCAGACAUAACCUCCAAGCAAGAAUCGAAGCAUGGGUUGAAUGUACCAUGGGACGAUAUUCCAACUCGAAAAGUGGCAAAGAGCCUGGCAGACACAAUCGGGAUGACAAUGGACUUAUUGUCCAGCUGGGGUGUUGAGUACGAGAAAGAAUUUCGAUUUGAUCUCUCAUUCGAGUGCAAACUUGAAGGGCCUGAAAGGACUUCAUAUUCCCAUGGGCAACACCCAAUCCGCGUUCAAAGGAGCGGCGAUGCUUUGAAAUGGAAAGUCGACCAGAGUGAACUCGAAGCAAUCAUUGGAUUGUCAACUUGGUCAUUAUACAAAUUCGACGAGGGGUGGAAGAAUCCUCUCGUUCGAAUGGUGGGCCUCAAUGAGUCUGAGGCUGGAACACUGGAGAUGUACCUGGACUUUCAUAAAUGGAUCUUCCAACAAACUGAAGCUAAGAUUGUCUCCGCUGAGACGAUUGAUUCGUCGAAACGGCUUUUCGGAUUUGAAUCGGAUCGCUAUGUCUACGACAAUGAUAUACUUGUUGUUCGAACAGAAAAUAGUGUGGAGACUAUGGUUGCUCAAGAUAUCUACAUCCAAUUCCUUCACAAUGCCCUCAAACCUAACAAUGCAUUCAAAGGGGAUACCCUUCUAAACGACAGCAUCCAUAGUUCAACUUUUCGGCAGAGCUUUUCUGCAAAGAAUAGCCAGAUUGAAGAGCUCAUUCAUUGCUUCGAGAGUUGCAUGCUGGGAUCCCGAGAAGAUGCACUUCUUUGUGCCAUACCUACCUUGCGAAGCUUAAACCUUCUUCCAGAGUUGGCAGGAGAUUCUGCCCAAGUGAGGAAGCAGAUCGAAGAUCUGAUAAGCCAAAACAACUGGGAGAAAGCGUUCAGACUUCUCGAAUGGAUAUGCGAGCGAUCUCAAGGCGAUGAGCUACGCAAUUCUGCAUAUGAACUGGGUUAUCUCUGCCGCCGGGCUCUGAUGGUCCACGAUGCUAGUAUCCGGGGAGCAGGGCUCAAAUAUAUGUGCAAAAUCCUCAAGAAGAAUAUCAGGGGGGACUUUCUCAACUCCCAGCACGUGAGGUCACCCAUGCACUGGUCAGAGUCGAGCCAAUUGGAGCACUGGCUGGGGCAAUUUUCCAGGGAACUAGGAUGGAUUGCAUGGCAUAUUUCGAGCAACAUACCGAGCGCUGAGUGUAUACAGCCCACCCUCAAAUCCCACGGAGUGUUGGAAAGCCUAGGCACAUCUGCAGAAAGCGGCGAAGAUGCAAAACUUUCGAUAGCAACGGUGAAAGCCACGCAGGAGUUUUUAACCUUGAGUGCUUGGGAUAUCCACCAUCGUGAUCUAGAGGGAAAUGACGAUGAACUAGGCUACAUCUGGGCCUUGAAAGAAGACCUGGGUGCAAUCGCAUAUUUAUUAUGUAUUGCGGCAAGGCAUCCCGCUGGUCAGGGUGUGAAUGUCCUUCUUCGACAUGGUGCUGAUAUUGGGGCGUCAGAUGAAAGGACAAUAUCAGCCUUGCUCCAAGCCAUUGAUGAAAAUGAUUUAAUAGCUGCUGAGACACUCCUUGAAAACGGGGCUAAUCCGAAUGGCAACGAGAAAGGACCGGAUGCCAAUCCGUUGGGUCUCUGUGCUCAACGAGACCUUACUGACAUGGCACAGUUGCUUCUUGGCCAUGGCGCUUCGGUUUAUACCACUGACGCGAGUGGCAUGUCUGCACUUCAUUGGGCAAGCAAUGAGAAUAAACUCGGCAUUGCCAGCCUGCUACUUUCCCAUGGAGCGAAUGUUGGGAAAUUUGGAGCCGAUGGAGUCAUACCACUUCACUGUGCGGUCAGAAACAAUUAUCUCGACAUGACGGAGUUGCUCCUCAAAGCCGGAUCUGAGACUGAUGCCCCAGGGGGUAACCGAGAGAAGACCUCGCUGAUGUUUGCGGCCGACUCAGGCUUCGUCGAUAUUGUCUAUAUGCUGUUAGCGAAUGGCGCCAAUGUACAUGCGCGAGAUGCGAAGGGGUUGACGGCUUUGGACUGGGCCAAGAUAAGCAAUCGCUCGGAUAUUGUAAAGAUUCUCGAAGAAGCAACUUGA